GAAUCACACACUGUAUGGCCUUGUGUCUGGCUUCUCGCAUGAGCACGUGUUCAAGGUUCAUCCAUUUUGUAGCGAGUGUCGGUGCAUCACUCGUUUUCAUGAAAAUAAUCCAUUGUGUGGAUGGGCCCCAUUUAUUCAAUUGAUGGGCACUCAGGUUGUUUUCCACCUUCUGAUAAUUGUGAAUCAUGCUGCUUUGUGAACAUCCCGUGUGCAGGUUUUUGCUCUGAUGUAUAUUGUAAACAGAUUGAGGACUGAAUGGGGUGGGGUGAGAAGGGGAAGUUUUGGGGACGUGGGAGGGUUCCAGCCUGAGCACCUGGAAAGGUGGAGCUGAGGAUGCAGGGAUGAAAUUCAGAAGCUUGGUUUGGCACAGAGACCCUGAAGAGGGGAUGUGGGAAGGGGGCCAGAGAUGCGGUGGUGGGAUCCCUAAGCCCUGAGCCACCAGGCACGGCACUACUUCCUUCAGCCCCUCCACUGGGGCGGGAGGGAAUGGUCUAGACAGGGACCAGGGCCACCAGCACUGUUGCCAGGACACCACAGGAUGGCCUUUGUUGCUGUCAACAAUGGCCCCACAAGCCUAGGCAGGAGCACCCAGGAACCCAGAGGCAGACAUGCAGACCCUGAGGCGAGAGGCUGCCCGGCUCCAUGUCCCCCAGGGGACCCUCGAAGUGGACUUCCCGGCACCUCAUUACAGUGAUGACUUCCUAUCCCUGGAGGGGCCCCACUGGACGCCGGCCAUCAAGCAGGCAACGCGCUGGAAGUACACGCCCAUGGGACAACACGCGGCCAGCCAGCCGUGGUACACUGGCCUAACCAACUCAGACUCCCACAAAGCCUGGCACACGCUCCCACAGGCCCUGGACAACCCCUACUGUGAGGCUUACUCCCACUGGCACAGAUGCUACAGCCACCGGGAGCGAGGCAUGUCCUCGGCCUAUAUCCAGCACCUUCGGGAGACCGCCUGGUACGACCCCAUCAUGCCCGUCCAGUACAAGGCCCCUAACACGCGAUGGGGGGCCAUGCUGUGGAAAGACAGACCUAUUUGGGGCAAGGAAUAUGUGGUCAACAGGCACCAAUACGGGGUGGAGCCAUUGGGGCAGGUUUCCAACCACGUGCCCUACCUGUCGGCACAGCAGCGUCCACGCUACACAGCCCAGAACUACCGGCAGUGGGACCUGGAACCCUACUGCCCAUCCACUGGCCAGUGGCCCCCACCUGUCUACACUCCCACUCUCUGAUAAAGACCAUCCCUCUGCAGGGACGCUGCGCCUCUCCCUGGGCUUCUGUCCACAUCUGGGGACCAGGGCAUUGGGCAGUCAGGUAAAGGGAGUUAGUUACUAGCCAAGUCCCCAGGCAGACAGCUGAGGCCAGUCCUUACCGUGAACAGCUCUUUAUUUACUGUCAACAGCGUCCUGGGUACAGGGAGCUGGACAUGGAGCUGGGUACAGGCUGGGGCUCCAGAAAGGCUAAGUGACGAUGCCAUCCUUGGGGGGCCUGGCAGCACCCAGGAGAUCCCAGCCAGGCCAGGGGUACGAAGUGGAGCUCAGUGCAGCCCCAGGACCUUCACGUCCUGCCCUCACGCAACACACAGAGGGCACCCUGAGUCAUCCAUUAGAGUUAGACUUGGGCACCCCCAAACCCACGGGCCCCUGGAUACCAGAAGACCUAGCUAGUUGUCUCACCCCAGCUGAGGUCCUGCCCUCACCCAGUGACCCCACAGCCAGUCA